AUAAACCUGGCUGAUAUCUCGCCCUCCGCUUCAUUCAGUCAGCGGCCCUCCGUCAGAACACAACCCGGAACACGACCGAGAAAGCGGAGAGAAACUGUGCGCACCAUGGACGUGCCCGAGCCAGCCAUCCAGAUCUUCGAGCAGCCCAAGCAGAGGGGGAUGCGCUUCAGGUACAAGUGCGAGGGUCGCUCUGCGGGGAGCAUCCCCGGCGAGAAGAACUCCGACAACAACAGGACCUACCCCAGCAUGCAGAUCCUGAACUACGGCGGCAAGGGGAAGGUCCGCGUUUACCUGGUGACGAAGAACGAGCCCUACCGGCCGCAUCCGCACGACCUGGUGGGGAAGGACUGCAAGGACGGCUUCUACGAGGCCGAGUUCGGCCCCGACCGCAGAGUGAUAGCUUUCCAGAAUCUGGGCAUCCAGUGCGUGAGGAGACGGGAGGUGAAAGAAGCCAUCCUUCAGAGGGUCACAAGAGGGAUCAACCCCUUCAACGUUCCCAGGGAGCAGCUGAUGCAGACGGAGGAGUACGACCUGAACGUGGUCCGCCUGUGCAUCCAGGUGUUCCUGCAGGACGAGAACGGCCACUACACCCGACCGCUCAACCCCAUCGUCACAAAUCCCAUCUACGACAACAGAGCCCCGAACACAGCCGAGCUGAGGAUUUGUCGGGUCAACAGGAACAGUGGAAGUGUAAAAGGAGGCGAUGAGAUCUUCCUGCUGUGUGACAAAGUACAAAAAGAUGAUAUUGAGGUGAGAUUUUUCUGCAACAACGGAUGGGAGGCCAGAGGCUCCUUUUCCCAGGCCGACGUCCAUCGUCAGGUGGCGAUCGUGUUCAAAACCCCCCAGUACUACAACACCAACAUAACCGAGUCGGUCACCGUGCACAUGCAGCUGCGCCGGCCGUCCGAUCAGGAAGUCAGCGAACCGAUGGAUUUCAGAUAUCUGCCUGAGAACAAAGACCCUUACGGCUACAACGAGAAGAAACGCAAGAUAGAGGACUUGUUCAGGAGGACGGGAUUUGCAGGUGGCUCUAUAGCCGGCCUUGGAAUGGGCCGUCCAAAGGCUGUGCCUCACAGUGCCAUGGCUCACCCGAGGAAAGCAGACCACAGCGGGAUGUACAUGAGGCACGCCCUGCCCACCAUGCAGCAACAGACCCCGGUGUACAACCCGUCCUACCAGCAGGCAGAUCAGGCAAACAGUGCUCUGAUGACACCCCAAGGUCCCAAUUUACAGCUCGUUAACUCAUGGGCCAAUCCCAAACCCACCAUCUCAAUGGACACGGUCACCAUAAACCCGGCGGGAUCCAUGGGCAACCACCCGAACAGCGGCAGGCAGCACCAGCCAAGCCAUGCCGCCGGGUACGCCCACAAACUGGAUCACGCCAGCUGCGAGAACAACGCCCUCCCUCAGCUCUCCAUGCGGGAUCUGCAGUGUUUGGAUACCGUCACGCAGAACAUGAUGAACCAGUCGGAGUCUCAUCUUCUGUUCCAGCAGCCGCACCAGCGAGAGGACCUUAGCUCCGACGCCCAGAACCAAAUGGCAAGCCAGAACCAAGGUCUCCAGAAUAUGUGGCAAGGCUUCGGUGCCGUGCCCGCGGUCCCCAAUAACGCCAACAACUUCAACGGAUCGGUGCCUGGAGGAGGCGCCCAGGUCCUCGGGUCUUUCCCCUUCCUAGAGGGGAUGUCCGGCGAGGAGUUCCUGAAGGGUCUGGUCGGAGGGACUGGCUUCCAGUGUAAGCAGGAGCCCCAGCUCUCUGGUGGACAAGACGGCGGCGGCCCUCUGAUGCAGUCCCAGAGAGAGAGCCAGGGAAACACCUACACCAACCUGCUGCCUCGCCCCAUGAGCAACGGCGCCAACGUGGAUCAGCGGCAGCAAGACGUGGGCCUCACGCGGCCUCUCGCAAACCUUCAGAGUCCUUAUGGGAGCACCGGCAUGACCCAAGAGGUCCGCUACGCCAAUCUGUCUGACUGGUACAAAUCCUCUCCGCCGAGUAAAUAGAAGUGAAAGUGUUUUGGCAUAAGGAGUUUCUGUUUAGCUUUGCGAGGCCAGAACCUGUUGCCCGUCAGCGUCUGGCAUCGGCUUGGGUUGUUACGCAACCAGCUUCAGCAACCAGGUGGAUCCAGAGCCAGAUAUCAUUUUAAAAAUGGUACAAAAUUAUCAGUUUGGAAGAGCUUUGCCAAAACAAAAAGAGAAAAGCUUUUAUUUUAUUUUUUUAUUUUUCAGCGAAUCCUGGUGGAUUUUAGGUAGUCCUAAUUCCUGAAUGUUUUCCCAGACAUUACUCAGCGAAUUUACUUUCUUGUCAAAUUGUGCGCAGCAGGCCGAGCUUCCAACUUUUGAUCGUUGGCAGAACUGCAUCCUCGCAGUUUGCCUUAGAUUUUUGCCUCCAGCUGCUGCUGUUUUGGGGGAAACUAGUCGUUGUGAGCGGGGCGAACAUGCAUUUAGCUGGUUCGCUGUGAGAUUAGGAAGCGUACAUGGACAAUCAACGGUGAGGCGACCUAGCAGAAGGCUAACGUCCUCUAAAAACCAAAGUUUAAAUAUUUGAAGAAGUGAAUGUACUUUCUUUCUUUUUCUUUAUUAAGCAAAGUUUUAUUUACCCGUCAGCAUAUCAAGGGCUGGAUGUUAUGUGUGAUUUAAUCUGUUAAACAAGUUUAUAUAAAUAUAUGUAUAUAAAUGUUAUAAUUUCGCUUUCCAUUUCUUUGUUUGUUACUGAAAGUACUUUAGUGCUUCUGGUUUAUAUAUAUAUAUAUAUAUUUUUUGGUCGCAGAGCAGUGAUGUUAGGUGCACUCUGCGCAUACAUGUUAGCCAUAGUUGAGAGUAAAAGCAGCAAUCGAGCUGAAGCACUCAAGAACUGGCAAGGUACUGAAAUUUCCAUUGAGGAAGUGGAGGGAGGCGCGCUCAGUGUUGUGUCUCCUUUGUAAUGACUAUGUCAUAUCAGUGAUUGCAUGUGUUACCCAGAGUUCUCAGAGCAUUUCUAACAUGUGUUUUUAUACUUUCAAAUGCCACUUGUACGUUUUUUUUAAAUGUUUCGUUCUUUCAGCUGAAUGUUUUGGGGAUGCUUUUCCUGAAGGCAUCUGGUUUUACAGCGACGACAGUUAAUGGGACGUGACUCGUUUAUGUUCAUGUUAUGUUUUCUUACUGGUUUUCCUUUUCGGACCGGUUUCGGGGGCUUAAAUAGAAGUGUCUAUUUUGAUAAACACUGUACCAGAUUUUAUAAUUAACUGAUUUGUGCUUUGUAAAAUAAUAAAAAAAAAUUAUUUCCUAAUAAAUGAUAAAGUGGCCUUUCUA